UUGUCAACAAAAAUGCACGGUAAUGCAGAGUUUCACUUCUAAAUUAGAACAACGCCAACACUAAUAGAAUCUUAGAUGACACGUUGAAACAUAUAAGGCAAAAUGUCUAAUAAAACUAUCAGGACAGUACUUGCCUCUAAAGAGCAACCAUCUAUUGCCACUUACUCCAAGAUGCCUCCAAAGCUAAAUCCAGAUGUGCAAGAUGCAUUGCGGAACAGGAAAACCUUGACCCCAUCUGCAGUGUCAGUGAAUUUUCAAGGGACAACACAAAAUGAGAAAAAGCCUGUAUUUACAACAGCUAUUUAUGUGGGAAGUAAAACUUUGUCUGAUAAACCAAAGUCAGGUGGAUCAGUUAAAGCUGCCAAUCAGAAUGCUGGAAAUAUUCAGAAAACAAAGGAGCCAAUAGAAAUGGAGAAAAGGCAGAAGUCAGGAUCUGGUGUGGUGGCAGGAUCGGAUGAAUCGUCCAAUGGGAUUAAACUUGUUGGAUUUAAAAUGAUGAAUGAGUCUGACACAGGGCAAACAGAUGCAUGGAAAUCUAAGUCAUGGACAGCCUCGAAGCUGCCACCAUGUCGUGUCUGUGGAGAUGACACCUCACCCCGGGGCCUUCACUAUGGCGUUAACACGUGUGAGGCAUGCAAGGCAUUCUUCAGACGAACAUUAAAACGUGAGAAUCAGGACUACCAGUGUACAUGUCCACCGGAAGAGAAACGGCUUGGAACUGACAUCGCCAGAAAGUUCUCCUGUCCGAAAUGUCGCUACGAGCGUUGUAUUAAACUCGGCAUGUCAAAGGAUGCCAUAAAGAUCGGGCGGUACACAAUUGGCAGAAAGCGACAGAACGAUCAGGAAGUCAAGACUCAUGAACAGAGAAAGGAAAGACUGAACAGUGAAAGCUCAAAGAGUUCUGGGUCUCCAUAUAGCACAGGGCAAUCGGUGAGCUCGCCUGAAGAAGUAGCAAGUGACAUUGACAAUUUGACCUUAAAGGACCCUAAACCUGUGCCAGCGCGGAGCGUUAAGAAGUUGCGACGGUCGGACGGCAAUGAUCCAGAGACUGGUAUGCUCUACAGAUCCAUGACAAACAUCAUAUUCCACUCACUUCUUAAAAAUCAGACUGAUAUGACACCAGCAACUCCAAAAGAUGACUCUGAAACAACACCAAUGGAAAAACUUUUUAUGGAGCCGUUUGACCUACAGGCUGUUUCUAUGUCCAUAUCCAAUUCAGAUCAUGGGACGUCACAGUUUCAGUUUUCAUCGUCCACGAGCAUCCCUGACUCACUCAUGCCACAGACAUUUAAUGUCACUCUUAAUUCACCAUUUUCUGGGAUGGGGGAGAGUAACACUCUCGACUCAGUAGAUUAUCUAAUGAAAUCACCAGAAAAUUUGGGAGCAGUUGAAUUAUCACCAAUUGAGAACCUUUUAAUGUCACCUCCCUCCGUUUCCAUGACAACUAAUGGCAACACUGUACAAAUCUCUGGUCCGGCUUACACAUCAAGUCAAAGUCAAUCUGAUGCCUCUCCAAUUGAAAGUCUCCUAAUGUCACCUCCGUCAGACAGUUCGCCAGGCAGUGUUGCGAUGCCUUCACCAUCCGUAAGUUUCCCUGACAGCGGCUUUUCUCAAUCAAGCUUCUCCCCACAGAGCCAGAGCGAACCCUCAACAAUGGACAGUUUGCUUGUAUCCCCUCUCUCUGCUCCCACUUCUGACAAAAUACACGCUUUUGCGGAACAAAGCUAUGCCCAAAAAGAACAAUCGGUCCCUUCAAUGUGGGAGCAGGAUGAAAAACAGGUAAAUGGGGAUCAGAGUCUUCAUGAAGAGGGUGAAGUUACGUGUGAUGGGAAUUUUACCCUGAAACAAAACUGUGGAAUGACUUGUGAUUCGAAUACCUACGAGUGUGAUCUUUUUGAUGAUGUUUAUCUGCAGAACUUUUUUCCUAGAAAUGAAGAUGCCCUAGAGCAUGAACUUGAAUUCGGGAAGGGUUUUGAGAUGUACCAGGAUUUUUAUGAUAAUGAUUUCAGUGUGGAUGAAAUGGAAGGAAUUAUUAAGAAAUUAACGGAACUUGCGAUUUCACAGAUAACCAAGUUUGAGAUGUUGACAUGCUCCGAAAUCAAGCAGAGACAUAAAGCUUACCUUGAGCAGUACAACGCCAAGUUAAGUAUGUUUGGACAGAUGAAGAUCUCAACAGAGGAAUAUAUGUCAUUCUACAACCAAACAGGAAUAGAUAUCGAUAAUCGGCAGCAGUUGGUGAUUGAAUGUCUUAAGUAUUUUGAAACGACCAUCAACAACAUGGUCAAGUUUUCCCGCGGAAUCCCAGGCUUCAACGACCUUGACAUCAAUGAUCAAGCACUGCUUCUUAAAACAUCAAGAUUUGAGCAUGACAUGUUAAAGUUUGGCGGCCAGAAGUGCAUCCUGUCUUCAUUGAAUGUUGCCACACUACCAUGGGACAAGGAAUACCACGUUGAAGAAAUAAUGAAGGUUUUGCCACCCAACUACUGUAAGCAAAAAAUGGAGGCAGCCUCACGUGUAAACGCCUUGCAGUUGACUGUGGAGGAGACAUGUGUCGCCAGGGCCCUUGUCAUAACUUAUCCAGAUCGAAUAAAUCUGAAGGAUCGUGACAAAGUUGAGGCCAUUCAGAGCAAACUAUGUAAAUGUUUGAAGUAUCUGACCAACAAGCGCCCGGACCCCUUUGACCUUAAUAGCCUGAUUUCCGUGGUAAUGGAACUACGUCACCUGGCAGCAUGGGACUUGAAAAAUUUGCAGGACAUAUUUGAAGUCUGGCCCGUAGCAGGGAACCAUCAGCUCGUUAAGGAGUUUGUCACAUUCUAGUUACAGGGACAGUGCUGAAAAACCUUUGUCAAUUUGUUAUCAUGUGUCAAUUAAUUUGUCAUGAGUUUUUAUUGUUUGAUUUUGUGUUACUUUAUCUUCAUUAUUGUUGACACUUCAUGGAAAAUUGAUUCAAGUUAGCACAGUGUGUGUUUUUAAAAUGGAAUUCCCUAUUUUACAAUAUUUCAAAUUCAAAAUACUUCUUAGUAUUAUUUGUUGCGAUUUAAUUUUAGAUAUUUUUAGAUAUACUUGGCCAAAGAUCAGAGAGUGCAGUAAAACUGUUGUAGCUUUUUAUAACUCCUUUGUGUUGUUAAGAGGUGGAAAUUACAGUCUAAGAGAGACAAUCUGUACUCAGAGAGUGUUUUUUGUUUUCUCCCUUUUCAUUGUUAAACUGUGUUGAUUGAAUCUUGACGAUUUCUUCAUUUAUUUAUUUAUUACCCAAUGUUUUCUAAACAGUGUCCUUAAACACCUGCAUUUUUAGCUUACACAAACACAAUAUGUUCAAAGUGAUCUAUCAGUAUGUUGUAUAUUACCCAUACAUACAUACAUGGUCUGGAUCAAAAUGGCCCCUAAAAGCCAUGCAUAGGUCUUCAUGGGCCUCUUGUUUUCUACAUAUCAAACUCUUUCUUAUGAUACAAAAUAAUACUGGGUCACCAGGCAGCCAAUUUCUCUGUAUUGUACAUCUGAUUGCUUACACUUGGAACUUGAUUAUUAUGUUCACUAGAUUGUUGCUGUUGUUGUUCGUUAUUAAAGGCAGUCAACUUCAUUUUAUUAAAAAAAAUAUUAAUAAAGAUAUGAUAAAAAGAAGUAUCACAAAAAUACAAAAAAAAAUAUUCAAAAUUGGCCAAAUUCAACCUAUAGAACAAGUUAAGAAAUGAGUGUGUUAAAUUGCUGGCUUAGAUCAAAAUGAUUUGGUUCUAGUACAUACAGUUCAUGCAGGAUGUCCAUUCUAAAAAUGAAACGGGCAUUCUGAAUGGAGAUUUUGAAAAAAAUGUGUUCCAUUUUUGUUGCUUUAUUUUGCAAUUUUCUUAAAGCUUGAGCACUGAUUAUGUUAUAAAUAUAUGGUACAAGAAGUGUAUCACUAAUUUGUAUUUUAUAAGUUUUAUACAAACAUUUGUGCUUGGCUGCCUUUAAGCUGUUUUUUUUAAAUAUUUUAUAGAUUGUUUAUAUAUUAAAAGUUUCUACUUUAAAGCAUUCUAUCAAUGUCAGAAAUGUAGCUGUGAUUUAGAAUGAAACUGCAUGUACAUAUUUUGUUUUUGAUCUCCGCUUUUAAUUGUUUGUUUUUUUAAGAUAAAAAGUCAACAUAUUGUGACAUGUUGUGUCGUUGACAUGUUAGUGUUGGUAGCUUGAGCAUCUUCAUGCAAACACUUUAAUCAUGGCCCAACCAUUUAAAACAAUAAAUGGUAUUCACAUGAAACUUAGUACAAAUGUUGCCAGUAACAAAAUUCAAACUUGUAGCAAGGCCCAUAACUCCUGCUUUAAUGAUUGUUGAGUUAUGUCCCUUUUUUAUUUUACUAAACAGUCAACAACAGACUUGCUUUGGUAACCAUUCAUAAUGCUUUUGGUAAUAACAAGUUUGAUAUCUCAAGAGAAUUGUUUUAUUUAGAAAAAUUAUCAAAGCGCUGUAAUACAAUGAACAUGUAUUUUGGGAAAAAAUUUCUUAGUUAAAUAGAUUAUAUCCCUAUUAAAGCAAAAUAUUGACUGUUGUUCUAUUUCUGUAUUUUUGUUGUGUUCAAGAAAAAUACAGUAGAUGUAUGUUAAUAAAACUGGUAAAUGUAUUAAUAUAUGUAUGACGUGUUUUGAGUAGGUGAGGGCUAUUCCAGUAAAACAUAUAACCCUGGGGGGGAUGGCAAUUAUUUAAAUAGAUUAUAGGUAGGUGUUUUUUUCCGCUUAUUUGGACCCCACAAGGGUAAAUUUGCUUCAGUAGGGGGGUGGCAUAAUUUAAAAGUGCCUUCCCUCCGGGGGGUUAUAUGUUUAAAUGGAAUAGGCCUGACAGUAAUCAAGUGGUACAGGUGUUUGUCUCACCCAAGAGGUUGUGGGUUUUACCUCCACUGGGGGAUCCUUCUCAUAACUACUCCAAAAUGGACACCAAUACUGGAUUUACUUUCCAGGAAUCAGACUCAUGGGUGCUUUAUAAGCUUUAGUCAAAAUUGAGAUAAAAAAAUCAGUAUAAACUAAUUGCGUUAAUAGAUUGUUGUUUAGCUCGUCUAUUUAAAGAAUAAGGAAGCUUGACUCGAUGUCUGGUUACUGUUUUAGGGCAAGUUGGCAUUUUCACUCUCAACUCCAAUACCCUUCAUUUAAUUCACCUAAUACUUCAAACAGUUGUAUAGGAUCAUCACACAAUUAGGUUUCAUAUUUCCAUAUUAUCUUUAAUACAAAUUAUGGCCCCUGAUUGAUUAGGUUAAAGUUUAAGGGCACAUUGUGUCCCGUUUAAGUUUAAGGGCAAGUUUGAAUUUUCACUAAUUACCCAUAUACCUUUCAUUCAAUUGGCUUAAUACUUCACACAGUUGUAAUACUUAACAGAGUUGUUCGCGGCUAUCACACAAUUAGGUUACAUAUCUCCAUAUUAAACAU